AGACGAACACGCACUGUGAGCUCAGAGCAUGGAUGCAGCGCUCACAGCGGUGUACCUCUUUCUCUUUCACGCUGCUGCGCAGGAUUUGUGUUCCAGGAAGUGCGGGAGCUUCACUGCCGACUAUCCGUUUGGCUUCGAUCGCGGAUGCGGGCCUCCGGAGUUUGAGCUCAACUGCAGCAGCGCAGGCAAGCCUCUCCUCCAGACCGUCGCUGGCCAGUUCGAGAUCCUCGAGGCGACAGCAACGACUUUGAUCGUCGAAACUUCCAGGCUCAAGAGCAACUCGUGCACCGGAGCUGAGGCGUUCUUUGAUGUCGGCUCCACUGCUCCAUACACUCUGUCAGCAAACAAUGAGUUCUUCGCAAGAGGUUGUUCUGUAGAGGGUUCUUACACAGCAGAUGCGGAGAGUACACAGCACUGUGAAACGGGCUGCCAACCCGGUCGCGAGCCGAAUAUCCGGAAUCCUUUCUGUGAAGAACUCGAGUGCUGCAUCCUGACUAUUCCGUCUGGAAAACGCAGCGUUAUCAUCAAGAGCAGUGCUAACAACGGUACUAGCGACUGCGGCUACUCUAGCGUGAUCUUUCCACCGAGCUACCAAGUAGUAACUUACGGGAUUGAGUUGCUUUGGGCCAUGCCAGGUAACUGCUCCACUUCUGCGCAUCUGUGCUCUCUGAAUGCUACGUGCUUGGAUGCACCCCAUCAACCUGGGUUUUUCAACUGCAUUUGUAACACAGGAUCAGGAAAUGGCUUCUCGAAUGGAACGGGCUGCUCAGCUGUAGUGGAUCACUGUGCGAGCUCUCCCUGCUCGGAGGGAGCAAUCUGCGUCAACGACCUAAACUCGUUUACAUGCAAGUGUAGACAAGGAUACAAAGGAAACGCUACCAGUGGCUGCAGGAAAACCGACGUCUUUCAGCACAUCACGAGUGGACCUGUUCUUCUGGUCGUAGCUGCUGCGAUACUAGCCGGCUCUAUCUGCGUCUGCAUCGUAAGAACGAAAAAGUUAGGCCGCAAGAAGGGCUUGUUUCCAAAGCUCGGAAGCCUCGCUCACCUCCAGCUCGAGUUCAAGCAGAACGCCACCUUCUUCUCCUUCGACGAGCUCUCGAGAGCAACGCAGAACUUCAAGGCCGAGCUCAUGCUGGGAACCGGCAGCUUUGGCACAGUCUUCCAAGGAGUCCUGGACGACGACACUCCAGUGGCGAUCAAGAAAGCCAACAGCACCACAGGCCCCCGGAUCCAGCAGUUCCUCAACGAAGUCACCAUCCUCUCGCAGGUAAACCACCGCAACCUCGUCAAGCUCCUCGGCUGCUGCCUGGAAACCGAAGUCCCACUCUUAGUCUUCGAGUUCGUCCCGAAUGGAACUCUCUUCGAGCACUUACAGCACAGGAGAUCUUCGAUCCUCAGUUGGGAGAGACGCUUGCAAAUCGCCAUCGAGACCGCCGAGGCCAUCUCCUAUCUCCAUUCCUCCGCGGCACAGCCGAUCUACCACCGCGACGUCAAGUCCACCAACAUCCUCCUGGACGAGAAGUUCACUGCCAAGGUAGCGGACUUCGGGAUAUCGAAGUUAGUGAGCCUGGAAGCCACGCACGUCUCCACCACCGUGCAUGGAACUCCAGGCUACAUCGAUCCACAGUACCAGCAAAACUAUCAGCUUACCGACAAGAGCGACGUCUACAGCUUUGGAGUGGUGUUGCUGGAGCUCAUCACGGGGCAAAAGCCUGUGGAUUUCUCGCGGAACUCCUCGGACAAGAAUCUCACCGCAUUCUCGCUCGCUUACAUCCAGAGCAGCCGGAUCGAGGAUAUUAUCGACAAGGGCCUGGAGCUGGGAGACGAGAGAGCCAAGAUUUCGAGCAUACAAGAGGUAGCAAACCUAGCGAUCCGAUGCCUCGAGUUUAAUCGGGAGAACAGGCCGGCGAUGAGGAGUGUGGCCGAGGAGCUGAUGAAGAUCUCCGCCGCGUCGUGAUUGCCGCGAUCAAUCGCUCUGCCCAUUUGAAAUGCCAAACAAAGAUCAAACUUUU